AUGGCACCCGGAAAACGACCCAAAAACCUAUAUCAGUUCCAUUAUCGCUCCCAACUUCCAAACACCGAAACCCGCUCAGAAAAAAAAGCACGACUUGCCUGUCAGAAGAGAACAAAGGCAGAAAUUGGAGAUUCCAUAAGGCGCCAAAUCAAUCGUAGGGAUACUCAAGACCAAAAUGACCAAGAAUCCACAAACCCCGACAAUCCCGAUACUGAAACACAUGCACAAGAAUCGCUCGGCUUCAACGAAAACUCCCUCUGGGAAGAUACUGGCGAAUAUAUGAAUGAUGAAGACUCCAACUCCCUCGCCCGCAUUCGAUCCCUUCAUGAAGAGUUCAUUCAAAAGCAGAAGCACCAACAUUGGAAGGACGUGAUGGAUUCAAUGUUCCCCGUAUAUCUUCACCUGAAAAAUCAAACCGCGGACUGGACCCUUCCCUGCGCUUUGGACAACUUUUCAUCACUUCUUUGUAAAUGCACACCCGAUAGGUACAAGAUUCGCGAGGUGGACUUGAUCGACUUGAUGGGCCAAAAGAGAGAGAAAUUCCGAUUCUGUCCCUGUACCCCCGAUCCAGUCCUUUUACUUGCCAACGGAUACUUGUCGUGCACUCCGAUAGUUCCUCAGACAGCUUUCUCUAUCCGAUUACUCAAUUUCUAUGACUUACUGUGGAACUUUUGCAACACACACGCAACACCCUUUUGUAAAGUACUGCAAACAUGGAACAAAGCGAUCUCAGUUAGGCUUUUUGCUAAAAAUUCUAAAAGGCCGCAAGAUCUCAGAAGAAAUUUAGUGGGUUCAAUCAAUGCUUAUCAAACUCUGAAGAGUAUGCAACGCAAUCUCGUUCAAACAGUCACGUCAAUAACCAAACAAGAAGUAUUGGCCCAGCAAUCGUGCCCGGCCUGUUUUGGUGUUGCACUUCCCAACGACCCUACCUUCAACCCCGACAGCCAUUCUACCCAGCCAUCCGAUACAAACAAAAUCUUUAUUUGCCUCGAUGGCAAUUUCCAGCACCGCCACCAUGAACGGGCUUCAAAAAACUACCUGGGGCUCAAAAACGAACCACUAUUCGUUACACCUGAAGAGAUUGCAUUGUCCAAUGUUGAAAUACGGGAAGGUGAAAUAGCCAAGCGCGUAUCACAGAAAGCCAAAGAUCGCUGCACACAACAGCACAAGGCUGCUGAUGAUCGCCAAAACGCAAGUUCUUGGAAAGGCUGUGACGACACAGGCCUAUUUGGGUGCUGCUGCCGCCACGACUCGGUCAUCUCGUUUUGCAAUAUUCAUAAGACAGGUGAAGGACGAGGCCUUCCGAUGUCAAUCAUCAAAAAAUUGUUCAGCGAAAUCAAUCCCGACAUCAAACUAGGCAUACUAUACGAUAUCGGUUGUACUCUGAAGAAAUUCUUUCAAGCACGUGGUCUCCUUAGCAAUUACCUUCCAAGGAUGUUGUUUGCCACGGCUGUUUUCCAUUCGUAUGUCCACGAUUGGCCAUGUCAGCUACAGUUCAACCCACGCUACAACGAUGGAUGGGGUUUAACUGAUGGGGAGGGCUUAGAGCGUCUUUGGUCUUAUCUCUCCCCCCUUGUCAGCCCCCUGCGCUAUGCAACCAGGAAUCAUCGCAUUACAGCCAUCAACCACCGAAUACUAACACUGAAAAGAAAAUUCAUCCAUGCAAUUGCAACUAAGAUCGAGUCACAAAAGAUUGUUCAAAGAAUGCUCAAGGAUCAAAAUCCCCACAAACCCGGCCAAUGCUUCACUGAAGACUUCUUUCGGGCCGAAUGGAAAAAACAGCGGGAUUUUGAGAUCAACAGGAACGAGACCGACCGUUUGAAAAAGGAGGAACAGGCUCAGUUUUUUGAAAGGGGAGAAGCGCUGAAAAGUCUAGUGGAAUCGUUUGUGGCUAGCCUAGCAAGCUCUUCGGCACACUCUGAUCCAACUCAUGCGCUUUCAAUGCUUGAAGAAAUACGAGACCUCCAGCAAAAGCAAGACGAAGAAAUAGAAAGACUUGGAUCACACUUUGCAGUUGAUACAGGGGCUGAACGCAAUCGUGAACAAGAAAAGAGGCUAGCAUUACUUUGGAGCGCUAAAAGCGCCCUCUACAAAUAUGCUGUACAAAUUCAAGGUGAGAUGCAACCACUGCGGGAUUCCAAGUCCCAUGGCGAGCGGCUUGGUACGGUCUUGAAAGAAAAGAUAUUCAAAGCGUUGGGUCGUCGCAAGAAUACAGUUACAAGGGUACUCAAGACGUUUUGUGAUCGCCGGACUGAUUACCUGAAAAACCAUGCCCCCAAUCAACUGAGUCUACCUGAAAACAAAGCAAUCACCUAUGAUGAUUUUACUAAGCUGAAAUUGGAUGAUCCGUUUUGGAACGAUGCAUACUUGUGCUUAUCAAAGGACCCUUGGGCCGUGGAUCCUACUGUACGAACUGGAAUUCACGCUUUACUGCGAUUGGAUCGAGCCAAGGAGGAACUGAUACAGUUAAAUAAUGAAUUGAGACGGUGUCUCUCAUGGGGAAUCCAACAUCGCAAACAGAUCAAGCUCCGAAUCGACCAGUGUGUAUUUGAUACUGUCGAUCAGCAUCUUAAGGCGGUCUUGGAGGAUUCGUUUGGUCAGGUUUCAUAUCAGACCAGAAAAAUCCUCAGUGACGAAUUGGAAUUGGUCCAGAGAAAGCACAAGCAUUUGCUACUAAGCUGGCAGCCAGCAGUCCAAGAGAUCCUUGCGCUAGGCACGGUUUCUCGAAGCGCAUUACCAGCGGAGUGGUUUGCAUUGGUGGAAUUCCUGAAGCAGAGUGAUGCAGUCAACGGGCUUGAAACAGCAGAUGUUGAUUUACUCUUGGAAGAAACGAUUCUUAAUCUCCAAGACUCGGAUGGGGAAUCAGCAAACGAUGAUAUAAACGAAGGGGCUAUUGGGGUGGAACAUGUUCCACCUGAAGAUGAUGAUGGUGAACUCAGUUGA